UUAACAGGGAGCCUCGAGAAGAGACAGAGGCCUGAAACCAGAUUACAGGCAACCACACCAGUACCUGGCCUUUGUUCCUUCUCUCUUUCCUGCUGUAACUGUCACACUGUUUGACUUUCGCAGCGUGAGAGGGGUGAGCUUCUCGCCUUCAUGCGCCUCCUUCUUUUGUUUCAGCCCACAUUUCACCGACCUGCCUCUCACUUAAAGAGGGGAAAAGAUACUCGCAGUGAGAGUAGAGAACGAGAGGAAACAGCAGCAAAUAAGAGACAAACGGGUAAAAGAAAUAAAUAAAUUUAGAAAAAGAUGUGUUGCACAGGGAAGUGUGCCCGCCUGGUGGGCCUGAUCCUGCUGCCCUCAGCGUUCAUCUGCAUGAUCUCCAACCUGCUGCUGUUCUUCCCCGAUGGGAAGCAACAGGAAAAUGAUCACAUCUCCCUCCAGGUCUGGCUCAUGGGGGGGCUCAUCGGAGGAGGCCUCUUUAUGCUGUGCCCAAGCUGCUCGGCUAUCAGGGCUGGGGGCAAGGGUUGCUGUGGAACAGGCUGCUGUGGUAAUCGAUGCAGGAUGCUCAGUUCUGUUUUCUCCUCUGCCUUUGGGCUGGUUGGAGCAAUCUACUGCACCAGUGUGGCGUCAGCCGGUCUGGCUGUUGGACCCAUAUGCCAGGUGAACGGUGUAUGGGAAUACCCCUUUCAAGACCUCGGCACAGGUAAUAGCAGCUACCUCGUAAACCAGACUCUGUGGUCGAUCUGCGAGUCCCCCAACAAUGCCGUGAUGUGGCACGUCGUUCUCUUCUCCAUACUGCUGUCCAUGGGGUUUCUGCAACUUGUGCUGUGCGGCAUCCAAGUGAUCAACGGUUGUCUGGGAUGCCUCUGCGGAGACUGUCGUGACAGCAAAGAUGAUGACAGCGGAUUGUAACCGAGAUCAUCACCUGGUUUCAAGAGCCAGGAGGAACUUAUGCAUUUCAUUUGCUCUGUGUGAAAGAUCUUCGGCUUGUCUUUUGAUAAUCUGACACUUUUGUUUUCACCAAAGCGUGUUUCUUUGAUGACUUUAUAUCAAACUUUACCCCAUUACUGCGUCAAUUUGAUUCUAGCUGUGGGUUUAUGUGUUGUUGCCUGACUUAUUUUUGUUUGACUUCCCGGUUAAAAUAAUUACUGAAUUAAAAACUCAUUUCAGCACUGAAGACUCCAGAAGGGACAUGCAUGGAUUAAAGUGUAAUUGUAAAUAAUUAUUUAUUUUUAUUUUAUAUAUAUAUAACAAAUGAGGCAACAUCAUAUAACUGAUGAAUUAAAAUAUUUAUAUCUAUUAAACAUUGUCUACUAUUUAGCCAUGUUUUGUGAUCAGAAUAGUGAAAUUCCUCAGAGAAAUUCUGUGUGUUCUGUAUGACGAUUUACCAUUAAAAACUUAUUUUCUCCACUC